CAAUUUGACAAUUGAUCAUGCAGUCAAAUUGCGAUUGACGAUUUUUGUUCGGUUCUCUUUUUCUUCUGUUCUCAAUAACAUAUGAAAAAUGCGCAAAUAAAUAGUGUAAAACUUUUAAAAUAUAUUUUAAUAAUGUAUUUAUUUUGCACGAUGGCUUUCUAACAAAUUGAGAACUUUAGGUUCAUAUGAUACGAUUCGUGUAUUAAAAAAAUCUUUAAAUACAAUUUCCCUCUAUCGACUUUAAAUCGUAAUAUUGUUAAAGAAUGGAAGGCAGCACAGAUUCUCUUUCUGUUUUGUCGCCACCAAUGAGCGGUUCUCCUGCUGUUUUAUUGACUCCUGGACGGACCAGAAACAUCGCUCAGGACAUGGAAGCCCUCAGGCUAUCGAGACAGGAUAAUCCGUAUUUACAGCAAGUAAUGGCCAGUAGAGAAAGCCUAAUUGAGAGUCACACAGACGAGUGUGAGUCAGAUGAUACAAUACUCAUGUCACAGGAGUUCGGUAGCACCGCGCUGGACUUCGUGGAAGACGACCCGCUCACUCUCAAGGAGGUCCAUGAGCACAUGAUCAGAUCACCGCCACCAAUCAGCAGCUGGCCGCACGAUCCGCUGUCGUACCGCGCGUCGAGUGCGUUCGACUUCGCCGACAGUCCAGUGUCGUAUAGCGCUUUCUCAGUCAAUUCCCAGGAUAAGGAGCUACUAGGGCCUCGUUCGCCUCGACGAGGCGCACGAGGAGAUCGAGGCGAGAGAGGAGACGAGGCGCGGAACAACAAUUGGGGCGGCGGCGGGCGACCGCGCUCUUCGCGAUCGGUCUCGCCGCGCUCGCACGAUCUCACGCUCUGCGGCCGACCGCUCUCGCUGCCGGGUGAGACGCAUCUCCGCAACGCUCUGAGUAAAAAGCCGGGCCAACAAAACGACCGAUUCUCGUUACUGCAACACCCGCGCCCCCUACGGAGGCCUCAUGCCCGACGCGACGAUGACAGCGAGCAGCUUGUCCCGCAGUGUGAUAAGUAACGCACAUAUACUACCCAGUGCGGAUAAGAUUACGCAGACGCGUGGUGUCACUACUGGCGGUAGGGAGUAAGAUUACGCAGACGCGUGGUGUCACUACUGGCGGUAGGGGGUAACAUUGCGCGGACGCGUGGUGUCACUACUGGCGGUAGGGGGUAACAUUACGCGGACGCGUGGUGUCACUACUGGCGGUAGGAGGUAACAUUACGCGGACGCGUGGUGUCACUACUGGCGGUAGGGGGUAACAUUACGCGGACGCGUGGUGUCACUACUGGUGAUAGGGGGUAAGAUUACGCGAUUAUCUAUGCUCUGUUUAAAAAUGUGAGAGGUAAGAUUGCGCGGAGGUGUGCCAUAGAUGUGUAGUUAUUUGGAAAUACUGGGUAGAUUACGUAUGGAUGUGCCAUCUUUAUCUAUUGAUUUAGAAAUUGAAAAGUGUCUAAGUGUAAGUGUGUAGUGGGUCCAACCCAUGCGGAAAAGGAUUGUAAAUAUUAAUGUACUUAAAUGAGCUUUUGCUCUAGGAAACAAAUUUCAUUAAUAUGUGUUUUUAUGUAUGGAUCAAUGAUCAAGAUUUGUUAUAAUAGAACUUUUGUUCUUUGUUUAAAGUAGGUGGAAAAAAUAAUGGAAUCGAAUACUAACAUUAUAAUAGUUAUUGUUAAAAAAAAAUUAAUAGAAUAUUAUCUAUACAAAAUUUAUAACUUGUUUAGCAAAUAGCAUGUCACCUAGCUUGUCACACUCAAACAUGAAAUAAUAUAAAUAUGUUAUUUUUUUAUUAUUUUUUUUUUUUUACAAAGGAACAAACGCCCAAAAUUCCAAUCUGUGAAUAAUCUAUGGGUUCGCUCACACAGACGUAUUUUUUUUUCGGUCGUGAAAAAUUGAAUAUGAAGGAAUUAUUUUUUAUUUUUACAAUGUCCUCUGAAUUUCUAUGAACAUACACAUAAAUACCAAUAUUUGUAUGUCCUUGUGUUAAAUUGUAAUUUCUGGACAUCUUUUUGUCUUGUAUGGGUUGUCAUUAAAUUACGUAUGUGUGAAUGGGCUGUAAGAUAAUCAUAAAAUAAAAAAAAAUCACUCAAUUUACAAAACGAGAAGGUUCUGAAUUCGAUUUUUUUUUGUACGUUACGCUAUAUGAUUGGUAAUUGUGGACCGAUUUUAAUCAUUCUUUUUCGUGAGAAAUUUGCAUAUUCUACUCACGUAUUUGUUCUAUACUAGUAUUGUCAUAAUUGAAGUUGGUUGUUCAUGAAAGUUAUUCUUAAAUAAUUUGAACAUAUCUCGCAGUGAAACAUGUAGUUGUUUACAUAAAUUCCUAAUAAAUGCUCACAUUAGUAUUAUUUAUUGCUAUUAAAUACCAAAUGUAUAGACAUGUAGCGACACGUUGUAACUUAGUAUCGAGGCUGCGCAAAUGAGGGGCUUUUAGUUCGCGGACGAAUUAUCCCUAUAGAUACUUUCUCCUUUCGAGUUCUGAAGGUUUUUUUUUAUUGGAUGAAAAUGGAGUGGUAACCCCGCCUGCGCUAACGGGAUACGCUGGCGGAGCACCAGUGAAGGGUGAUAGAUAAGAAUGAAAACAGGCCAGUUAGCCCAUCAUGAUGAAUUCAUCGGGAAUUAACCAUGAUAGUUUCCAGGGGGAACCGCGAGGAGGUCGAUCUGGUUGGGUAUAUUGCUAGCAAUGGGAUUCUUAGUCUCCAUUACUAACAAUCUCUUUUCCCCCCGGGAAAAGGGAUUGUUAGUUAGAAGAGAGAAGUCAAUCUGUGUAUAUUUUCGUUAUAACCUGAGGACCUACGAUGAAAUGUUUUCCGAAAUUUCGGAGCCGAAAGAAACACAAAUUUGAUGUUAAAAUUACAUAAUACUUACCGUUCAAAAACAUAAAAAAUAUGAAAAUAUUAUUCCUUUGGACUUUUAUGGUAGGAUUUAUGACGAACAAAAUGUUAAGCUCCAUUUACUGGGCCGAUUUGGAUAUGAAAGAAAACACGAAAUUGAUUUCGAAACUUCGGAGUUUCAUUUCAUGGUAGGCUGCUAGAUAUCAUGGUACUGCUCAUGUCUAUAGGCGCCGGGUACCACUUUCCCAUCAGGUGGGCCGUCAGCUUGUUUGCCAUUCUAAGUUGCUUAAAAGAAAUAUAUAUAUUAUAAGUGAAUCUUUUAUAGUAUUUUGCAAAAAUUGAAAAAAAAAUUCAAUUCGGUUGUGUUUUCUUUUAUGUUUGUUAAAUCAUAACUCCGUCAAUUGUAAACCGAUUCGAAAAAUUCUUUUCUUUAUCUGAAAGGUUUAAGAUUGGUCCCGUAGAGUGUUUAACAAGAUCUUUUAAGAGGGACGCUGAUGCUCAUCCCUCGUCUUCCCUUAGUCAUUUCUUACGACACCCACGGGAAAGGAGGGGGUGGCCUAUUCUAUGCCGGGUUGACACCGCAAUGUCUUUAAUUCUAGAAAGAUUAUGUGUGCCUCAUCAACAAAGAAGAUAUUUGUCCGCGGACUAAAUGUCCCUCGUAGUCGCUGGCCGUUAUUGUUGAAAAUAAACAUUUUUUAUUAAUUACAGUAAAGGUGGAAUCACGUUUAUUUUGAAUUGUUCAGUAAAAUACAUCCGGUGGAAUCAGUCCUAACUUACAAGAGAUUUCAUUAUUUUAAUUUUCGUGUACGACCUCCAUGGCGUUGUGGUGGGCAUGUUGCUUUGCCUAAAUGAGGUCCCAAAUUCGAUUCCCGGUCAGACAAAUUUAAGAAACAAAUUUUCUCGCUUAAAUCGGUCCUGGGUGUUCUGGAUUGUACCCCUAGGUCAGGGGUUCCCAAACUUAUUUUGUCUACUGCCCACUUUAAGAGUAAAUUAUUUUUAGCAUCAUUGGCAUCAGUAUCGAUCACUAAUCACCCCCUGGCAGUUAUUUUGGAAAUAUAUUUCAUGUACAGAAUUGACCUCCCUACAGAUUUAUUAUAAGUAUAAAAGAUAGAUAGAUAGAUGAACAUAAAUUUUAAAAAUAGUAUUUUUUUUUUAAUAUUUACAAAUCGAAAGUACCGAUAACGUGAUUCCUUCUUUUUAAUAGAUAUUAUUCUAAAAUAACUAAUAAAUAUUUUAAAAUAAAUAAUAAUUCAUGAUUAGCUACAUGGGACAGAUAAAGGAAACACUAGGCGUCAUGUCGUAUAGGGAGAUAAAGGAUAUGGCCUGGGAUAGAGCUGGCUGGAGGAAGAUGCAUGAAUUAGCUGCACCGACAAGAGGGAACUCUUAAAUGAAAAAUGAAAUGAAAAUAUUUUUGAUGGUAAAUGGCCAAUGUGCGUACAGUGUGUGUUGUGCUACUGUAAAUAUUGUUAAUUUAUAAUGCUCGUAAUAUUUUGAAUCAAUUCAAUGUAUUUAACUAUCAUGUUUGAUGUAAUAUGUUUUUGUAGAUUUUUAAUUUCGAUGUUGGUUGAAUAUAAAUAAGGGGCUAUUCACAUUACAAUGGCUGGGUACUGGCUAACUUUUGGACGCGCGUCAACUCGGCCAGUUUUUCUCCGCUAAAUAAAUUUUAUAUACUCGUACUUAUAGGUAUGGUUCCAUAGAAUUUUUAUCAAAAUUGGUUAAUUUUUUAAUAAAAAGAAAACAACUGUUUUUUUAUCAAAAUUUAAUACGGUUAUUUUUGUGAAAGACAAUCGAAAUUGUAUAAAUUGGGCUUAAAUAUUAUAUUGUUUUUUUUUUUUUUUUUAAAUAUUCUACACUUACAUUUUUAAUUCAUAAAUCUAUAAGCAGAACGGUAAACCGUCUGUGCUAUUAGUAAAAGCUCACCAGCUUAUACCAAUAGGAUGAAGUGAGCAUGAAGUUGGAUCAGAUGAGCCGUCGUGUACCAUAAUAUAAAUACGCUGAUAUCUCCCCCUUAUAAUUAAUCCAUGUUCAAUAAUGAUAUAUUAAUUUGAUGUUAUAAAUAAAUUUUAAAAUUACUCGCCGGCCGAAACUGGCCGUCUAUUCUCCACCCGUUGUAACAUGAAUAGCCCCUAAAGAAUUUAGUGUUAAAGUUAGCAAAGUAAGUGGCAAGUUUUAAACCCCAUUAUUAAUAAAUUUGGUAUCUCGAUGUAGGUACUACCUUUUAAAUGGCUUCGAUGCGGCAUUCCCGCUAUUUUUAGAUAUAUAAGUUUGAAUUCUAGAUUUGCACACUAUAAAUAUAGUAAUAAAAAUAAUUUUAUAUCGGUUGGCAUUGGCAGGGUUCAAAUAAAAAAAAAUAAAAAAAAAUCGGUUAAAAGAUACGAGGAAAACCAUGGGGAAUAUAAAUUUAUUAAUUAUCUAACUAAUUUAUAUUAAUAUGAAAGAUUUUUUAUUUCUAUUAAUUAAAGUAAUUGUAUUUAAAAAUUAAUUCAAUAGUAACUAGUAAGAAGGUAAACAAUCAAAUUUAGACACAAAACAGGAAAAAAAAAAAUUUUUUUUUCAAUUAAACUUAGAUUAAAGCAUUUUGGAAUAGUAGUUUUUUUUUUUCACCAAUUAUUUAUCUAUUUGUACCAUAUUGAUUAACCUUCUUCUUUCGAGUCAAUAGACAACUUAAAUAUAUUUGGACCGGAACCUGGCAACUAAUGCUACUAAUUGGACAACACUCGAUUGUCUAUGGUCUGUUUAAUAUGAGAUUCGUUUACAUUUCACCUAGCUUCUAUUGUAAUAAAUUAUAGAACCACGAAAUCGUUUGUAAACAUAUUUAAAAAUGGAAUUGAUAUUAUAAAAUCAGUGCCUCGACAAAGUGGCAAGUUUUUCUAAUUCCAUACAUUGUUCAUACAAUAAUAAUCUUUAUUUUUAUAAGUGUAGAAUACAGAAUUGUCUAAAAAAACACGCGUUCAUAGUUGAACGAGAUGGCACAUUUGAUAUCUUGUUCUCUUACAUUAUAUAGAUAGAGUAUCUCCAUACAAAUGUUACGUGAAAAGCGGGUCAACUUUUUCAUACAAUUUUGCAUGAUUAAUAGUUAUGAGAGAUUCCGUUAUAACUUCUAUAUUUAUUUUGUUUUAUAAUUUCUGCAUCCUUUUAAUGCGUAAACACUCAUUUUAUUUAUUAAAUAAUACGUCAAGAUACAUUUUAUGCGUACGUAUGUGUAUAGAACACUGAUAAAAAAACGUGUCAGCUAAUUUGACAAUUAGAUGACAAAAAGUUGACCCGUUUUUGAGGCUCGAUGCUCCAUCUAUAUACCCUAAGCUUGUUCUCUAUAAAAACUGUGGAUAAAUUCUGUUCCUGCACAUUUUAAAAAUGACUUGGUGUUUAGAUAUUAGUACCGAUUGGACUUUACCAGAGGGAGACAUUGUACAAAAAUCGAUUGCUUGGGUACCUCUGUCCCAUUCGUGUUUCAACCGUGAAGCAGUUGUGUUUGCAUGGCUGUUUCGGUUUGAUGGGUGGGAUAUGGCGUGAAUUUACUAGAUGCGGAGGAAUAACACCUGAGUCCUCAGGAAUGGCAACGCAUGGGGGGUAUCAUGGGCGAAACAGUAUACUCUGUUAUGUCUAUGGUACUGCUCAUGUCUAUAGGCGACGGUUACCACUUUCUAUCAGGUGGGCCGUCAGCUUGUUUGCCAUUCAAAGUUGUAUAAAAAAAAUGUCUGCAUAAUAUAAUACAAAAAAUUUAUGUCUUAUCUAGUAUAAAAUAGUGUAUUACAAUCAUUCAUGGCGCGACCCCCAUAAUAUGUAAAUUAUUUUCCGACCUCCUACGGUUCCUAAUCUGUAAAUAUUGGAGGGAAGAAAUUGUUAGUAAUGGGGAGGAUAGUUCCCAUUGCUAUCAAUAUACCCAUCAGGUCGACCUCCACGCGGCGCCCACUUCACUAUCUUUAUUAAUAUUUUAAAUGUAAAAGUGAGUUUAUUUGUUUGUUACCUUUUAACGCCUUAACAGUUUAACCAAUUGCUAUGAAAUUUAGUAUACACCUACUAUUUAAAAUGAGCCUAUAUUUUAUCACGCUCAUAUCCCAAGUCAAACAGACGAAGUCGCAGGUAAAACCUAGUAUUGUCAUAAAAAUAUAUAGCAAAGCUGUAACUCGAAGUUGCUUUAAUUUUUUUUUAUCGCAAAAUGUAUGAUUUGUUCACGUUUUCUAACGACAUUAUUUGCCACUAGUCAAUAGAAAUGCAUAAAAAUUUAAUAGACUUUAGAUGUCAUUAAACAUAUAAUAGCAGGGUGUAACAUAGUUCUGCAAUGUUUGUGUUCAUAUUUUAAAUAUAUUAAUAUUGUUUUUUUUUUUUUUUUAUUAAAUAAUAUAUCUGUGUUUAUCACUAGAAGUGAUAGAUUUUAUCGUUAAGUGUCCGUAUAUUUUGCUGAAAUUUAAUUUUAGCAUAAACUUGUCUUCGAAUUGUUGUAUAAAUAUAUAUGUAUGUAUGUAUAUGUAAUUGAAGUAAGUGUGUAAUGGAAACCAAGUCAAGUGUGUAAAAAAAGUGUAAAAAAGUUCAUUGAACAUGAAUAGGAUUUCUCCUCAUUCGAAAUUUAAAUAAUAAUCACAGAUAUAGAUGAUAGUAGAUGACGCAGUCACGAUUUCAAAUGGUAUUUUUUUAAAGGGCUCGGUACAGAAGAGAUUUCUGUCAAUAAAUAGCUUCUAGAAACCCUGUUAGCCGCAUCAUAACUGUAAAAUGACUUGCUUUGACUUCCACGAGACGGGCUUUGCCUAGUGUGUGGUGAUAGCUAUAUUGUACCAUAGGCUAAUUUUGUUAAAGGAAAUAAAGAUAUUCUUAAGUCACAAUACAAAAUAUGUAAGUAAUUUAGUAACGGCUAUAUUUUGAAUUUAUUCUUGAUGUUAUUGUUACCUCAAACUAUUCAGUACUGUAGCACUGAGAUUUUAACAUCUAUUGUUCUCACCUUUUCUUCAAUUCAUGUCAUCCUAGUUUUCGUAUAAGUUAAAUUAUAAAUUCAAUUAAAAAGUAUAUAUAUAUUAAUGUUUUAUAUACGCUACAAGAAUAAAUUGUAAAGUUUGGUGUAACAACAAUUUGAAACUUUAUUAUUUUUAACCAAUCUGAUCUUUAUUAAUAAAUGAAUUUACAUGCGUCAUCUAUCUUUAUUUAUAUCUAUGUUAUCAUCUUUCCAUAGGUAGAAAAAAUGUUUAUUUGCUGCUUAUAAUUUUAAUUGUCAAAUAUAAUAGUAAUAUAUUUAUGAUAUUAUGUGAUGAUAGGCCAAUUUCUGAAUGAGGGACAGCGUAGACGAGCUACAGUCUUAGGAAACUGUUACUGCGGACUUUAUUCCUACAGAUUAGAAGGAAUCCUUAAGAGUAUUUACCUCUAAAGAUUGCUUAUCACUAUAAUUUGAAUUUUAAUUCAAUAAUUUAGCAAAACUAUUAUGCUAUGACCAUCGAGAAUUACAUAUAAAGUGUUGGCACUUAUUAGAUUAUUUUCCAGGUGACUGGCCAUUUAAAAAAGGUGAUUUUAGCCCAUAAAUGAAAAACUACUUAUAUCACUACUAUUGAGAUCACCGUCCGGUGUUAAGUUCGCCAAAUGUACAAAGAUUUACAAUUUUACUGUGCAUUAAAGUUUAAAUAAAUAUAUACAUAUAUAUCUUUCGUAACACAUUUAAAGUUAUUAUAUAUAGAAUAAUUUUAUAGUAGUUUUUGUAUGCGAGACAGCUUAGAAGCCCUGGCAUGGUUAAUCCGGUCCUCCAAGUUCUUUUAAGGUAAAAUCUACCAAAAUGACAGCUGUCACUCGCACUUUGCCACAACGCAAAAUUAUAAGUGUACUGUAGUGGAGAUAAAUUCUGUUUGUUCUCCUUUAACAAAAGGUUGCCUGUAAGAGAUUGGCCUAGCGAUAAGACCGCCUUUUAUACCUUUUUAUUAUAUUUCAUUAUUUAUUUUUGUUUCUGGUGCAUAAGAGCUAAAUAAAUAAAUCGCCUGAGGGACUGUCUCUCGUCUACGCAAGCCUUGACGCGUGUUUCUGUAAAUGUAUUCUGGUCCAAUUGCUCUGCCCUGUCGUGUAUUAUUUCUUGAAAGUCAUAAAUUGUGUGGGCAGAUCAAGGGGAUCGAUUUUGUAAAGUUUUAUGGUGCUGGUAAUUCGCUGGUCGAUAUUUCCAGAUUGUGUCGAUAUAGGCAAAUAAAAUGUUUUGAUCCAGAA